AUGCGGUUCCUCACGACCGCGGUCGCUGCCAGUAUCACUGCGCACGCCUUCCUCGGGGCCCUAUCGCAGGAGGAGGUCACCUCUCCUGCCCCAGGAGCCCAGCCGUUCAGCUACGACCUCAACACUGGUCUCGUCGCGCAGUUGCAGGUAUCCGGAGAGUCCGCGCCCCAGCUCGAGUACACGACUGAGAAUGGCGCGCCGUAUACGAACCCGUAUGAUGCCUGGAAGAUUGGUUCGAAUGGGCCUCUGCUCUUGGAGGACUACCACCUGACCGAGCUCUUCGGCUCGUUUGAUCGCGAGCGCAUCCCUGAACGCGUCGUUCAUGCCAAGGGCGCGGGUGCACAUGGGUACUUCGAAGUGACCAAUGCAUCCUUCUGCAAGCAGUAUACGAUGAUGGAUAUGCUCAGUGAGGAUGGUCUGAAGACGCCCGUAACCGUCCGCAUCAGCACCGUCGGCGGGGAGACGGGGUCUGCGGAUGAGGCCCGUGAUCCUCGUGGAUUUGCGGUCAAGUUCCGCACUCGCAAGGGUAUCCUCGACAUCGUGAUGAACAACACGCCGGUGUUCUUCAUUCGUGACCCAUCCAAGUUCCCGUACUUCAUUCACACGCAGAAGCGUAACCCGCAAACGAAUUUGAAGGACAAAGACAUGUUCUGGGACUUCCUCAGCGCUAACCCGGAAUCAUUGUAUCAAGCGAUGAUCCUGUUCUCCGACCGCGGUACGCCCUACGGGCUCCGACACAUGGAUGCUUGGACUGGUCAUACCUACCGAUGGAUUCAGACUGACGGUUCAUUCCACUACGUGAAGCUACACUUUGAGACCAUGCAGGGGGUCAAGAACUUCACCAACGCAGAGGCCACCGUUAUCCAAGGGACGAAUCCGGACUUUGCGACUCAAGAUCUGUACGAAGCAAUUUCAAACGGGUCUUACCCGGGAUGGACGGUGUACGCACAAGUCAUGGCUCCGGAGCAGGCCGAAAACUACACCUACAACGUCCUCGAUCUCACCAAGGACUGGGACGAAACCGUUCCCAAGGUCGAGAUCGGGAAGAUGUAUCUGACCCAGAACCCGACGAACUAUUUCGCGGAGGUCGAACAGGCCGCGUUCUCACCGUCCCACAUUGUGGACGGAUGGGCUCCUUCUGCUGACCCGAUGCUGCAGGCGCGCCUGUUCGCCUACUCCGAUACCCAGCGAUACCGACUGGGUGUCAACCACAUACAAAUCCCCGUCAAUGCUCCUACUGUCCCCGUUGCCAACUGGGAACGUGGCGGACAUAUGAACAUCAAUGGCAACCAAGGUAACAGGCCCAACUACAUGUCCACGAUGAGCCGCCUUGGUCUCUACAAUCGAACCUACACUCUCGAUUCCCACCAGCAGUGGACAGGCGGUGCUGUGCAGUCGCUUUCCAUGGUCACGGAGAUCGACUUCUCCUGGCCGCGGAUCUUCUGGAACACCAUGUCUGAUCAGGACCAGCAGAACUUGAUUAGCAACGUGGUUGGCCAUCUCGGCGAAGUGGUGAGCCAGGAGGUCCGGGAGCGACAGGUUGCUCUAUUCAACCAUGUCAAUGCCACACUGGGUCAGGCCAUCGCGGCAGGUGUCGGCGUCACAAGCAUUCAAAGCUUGAACUUCACGUAUGGGGAGACGUGGCUCAACCACACUGUUUAUAGCACGGACAGCACGCUGGACUUCGUCUAG